AUGACUAUCCUCCUCACAGGUGGCACAGGAAAAACUUCCUUGCGGCUAGCUUCCUUGCUUCACUCAGCUAGCAUCCCAGUCCUCUUGACUUCUCGCCGUGGCACCUCUACUACCUCUUUUCCUUGCGUCACCUUUGACUGGAACGACAAGACUACUUGGGCAAACCCAUUCACCGCAGCCACCGACAUCAAAGCUGUCUACCUACUCAGCGGAAAUUUACAUGAUCCAGCACCAAUUCUAAACUCCUUUAUCGAUCUUUGCAAAAGCAAAGGCGUGAAGAGGUUUGUGGUUUGUUCGGGAAGUUCGUGCGAAAAAGGUGGUCCUUUUCAUGGUAAAAUAUGGCAGAAACUUGAGGAUGAAGGACUGGAGUUUUGUGUACUGAGACCGAGUUGGUUCAUGGAAAAUCUCUCGGAACCAGGACAUGGACAUUUCGAAACCAUCCUCCAUCACAACAAAAUCUUUACCGCAAGCGGCGAUGGCAAGAUCCCUUGGGUGUCUGCAGAGGAUAUUGCCGCCGUGGCUUUUCAUGCCCUCACAGAUGACAAGUCGCAUGAUUGUGCCUAUCGCAUCUUGGGCCCUGAUUUGCUUUCCUAUGAUGAGAUUGCAGAAACAUUGAGCAAACAGCUGGGAAAACAAAUCGUGCAUGUGAAAUUGACGGAGCGGCAGAGGGUGCAAGGGAUGAUGGAUGCAGGGGUACCAGAGGAAAUGGCAAAGUUUUUGACGAAUCUGGAGGUUAUGGCGAGAGAAGGUAGAGAAACAUGGCAAGGUGAUGAUGUUGAAGUCGUGACGGGCAAGAAAGCAAUCUCUUUUGACGAGUUUGUUGUGCUGAAUGAGGGAGCUUGGAAGUGA